UGCGCCGCCUGAGCCAUCCUGGGAUGGCGAUGCAAACGCCCGGUCCUUCAGCUAUGGCACUGUUGCUCCCGGUAGCGUCUGGGUCCCGGAGGAAGCGCGCGGCCGGGGAGGCCAGGGCUGUGACGAGUAAGCAACGGGUCCUGGACGAGGAAGAGUACAUCGAGGGCCUCCAGAUGGUCAUCCAGAGGGACUUCUUCCCUGAUGUGGAGAAGCUGCAGGCACAGAAGGAGUACCUGGAGGCUGAGGAGAGUGGAGACCUGGAACGGAUGCGCCAGAUCGCCAUCAAGUUUGGCUCUGACUUGGGCAAGAUGUCCCGAGAGCCCCCACCACCCUAUGUGACUCCAGCCACAUUUGAAACUCCUGAGGUGCACCCAGGCACUGGAGUGGUGGGCAACAAGCCCCGGGGCCGGGGCCGAGGCCUGGAGGAUGGUGAUGGAGAGGCUGGAGAGGAGGAGGAGAAGGAGCCCCUGCCCAGCCUGGAUGUUUUCCUGAGCCGGUAUACAAGCGAGGACAACGCCUCCUUCCAGGAGAUCAUGGAGGUGGCCAAGGAGAAGAGCCGGGCACGCCAUGCCUGGCUCUACCAGGCCGAGGAGGAGUUUGAGAAGAGGCAGAAAGAUAAUCUUGCGCUCCCGUCGGCGGAGCACCAAGCCAUCGAGAGCAGCCGGGCUGGCGUGGAGACUUGGAAGUACAAGGCUAGGAACUCCCUCAUGUACUACCCAGAGGGCGUCCCUGAUGAAGAGCAGCUGUUUAAGAAGCCCCGGCAGGUGGUGCAUAAGAAUACUCGCUUCCUCAGGGACCCCUUCAGCCAGGCCCUGAGCAGGUCCCAGCUGCAGCAGGCCGCUGCCCUCAAUGCUCAGCACAAACAGGGCAAGGUGGGCCCCGACGGCAAGGAGCUGAUCCCCCAGGAGUCCCCCCGAGUGGGCGGAUUUGGAUUUGUUGCCACCCCUUCUCCUGCCCCUGGUGUGAACGAGUCCCCACUGAUGACCUGGGGGGAGGUCGAGAACACACCCUUGAGAGUGGAAGGAUCAGAAACCCCCUACAUAGACAGGACGCCGGGGCCAGCCUUCAAGAUCUUGGAGCCAGGCCGCAGGGAGCGGCUGGGGCUGAAGAUGGCCAACGAGGCUGCCGCCAAGAACCGGGCCAAGAAGCAGGAGGCCUUGCGGAGAGUGACGGAGAACCUGGCUAGCCUCACCCCCAAAGGCCUGAGCCCAGCCAUGUCCCCAGCUCUGCAGCGCCUCGUGAGCAGGACGGCCAGCAAGUACACAGACCGGGCCCUGCGGGCCAGUUACACACCAUCCCCAGCACGCUCAACCCACCUCAAGACCCCCACCGGCGGGCCCCAAACCCCCACGAGCACACCAGCUCCUGGCUCUGCCACACGCACCCCCCUCAGCCAGGACCCGGCCUCCAUCACGGACAACCUGCUGCAGCUCCCUGCCCGGCGCAAAGCCUCAGACUUCUUCUAGGUUCAAGCCCGGCCUGGGCCCAUGGAAGCUUUGUGGAGCCUGCAGGGUAGCUGUCCACCCCGCGGUGGACUCCGGCCUUCUGGGGACCCAGGCCCGGGCCAAAACAGCGACUAUCCCAGGAGCCACAGAAGAAGGGUGCCGUGCCACGGCCAGGCUGGCACAGGACUUGCCCCCACCUUGGGGUGCAUCCCAGGGCCUUGCCCAGGUUUUCUGUGGAGCCCCUGCCUGUGUCUAUUUGACUGUCAUUAAAGAAC